UGAGCUAGCGCGAGUAUGUGUAUGGGAGCUGGGAAUCACAUCGCUAGCUCAAAAUGUAGACCUGGCCUUUGAGUGAACACUUGGGACUAGACUUAGUUUUAAAAAAAUUCUGGCUGGUGCACUGUGUAUGUCUAUGCAAAGUCUUGGGAGUCAUAUGAAGGUGUGGUGCUCUCGUGAUUUUAUUAAAAUCAAAUCCUUUGUGAUUAACUUUGAGAGGAGGGUUUCUGAUAUUUUUGCUGGUAGAUAAAACAAGACAAUCCUACAUUUGCUUGGUUCAAUACUUUUACUAAAUGAUUUCUUUUCUUCUCUAGCCCCGGCCUCUCCCUCCAUGCCUAGUCUCACAUCUCAAACUGUCUCUUUGACACUGCUCUCUGGAUAUCUUGGUGCCAUCUCAAACUCAACAUGGCAAAAUUUGAACUAACUAUUCAUCUUCCCUCCCUUAUCCAUUGUUACCAUUGUCCUUUCCAUAUUCCUUGUGAUCCAGGCUCAAAACUUAAACAUUACAUUUCACUCUCUUCUUCCCUCUCCUCCCCUAUAUCCCAGCUUUUGCCUAAUCCUGUUGCUUCUUCCAUUUUACCUCUCCAAUAUCCAUCCACAUCUUGCCUUGUUCCUUUCAGUGUGUAUAAAAUGCUACCUCUACAGUCAUUUUCCUUUGAACUUUUUUGCAUGAUGCACUAGCAUAGGAUUGCAGAAAAUUGCAGGCAGCAUCCAGGAAGCAUAGAUGGCAGGGUUUCCUUUGUGCAAAACUGGUGAGGGUGAUGUUCCCUUUCAAUGAUUGUCCAGCCCAUUCGAAGCAUGCCAUGAAUAGCUUCGCUUUAAUGUCAAAGAUUCUGGGAACAUAGGAAGAUUUCCAUUGACCACCCCCCAAGGGCUGCAGUGAGGGUCACAGAGUCAGUGAGGUUGUAGCUACCUACGAUUUGCUGGUGGUGGGUUUGGGUGAGACUGCCUGAGCUCCAUGGGGAAGCCAGUCUGCAAGUGGGAGAAUUAGGAGGGCGAGCUGGAAAGUUAGAGCUGUCCAUGUGGAUGGUGAAGGCCGUCAUAUCAAGGUAACAAAUGGUAUCAAGAAGAAACAGAACAGUUCAGGUAGUGACUCCUGCCUCUUGUUGAAAAAAGUUUCCUUCAAUGUUCUAAUACUGAGAACAGAGGCAGUCUUGACUGCUGAGACCUCUGUAAAGUUUUCCAUGUUCAGCUCCUCAUUUGAGAAGCUGCCAGACAUAGAGUCUAGGCCACAGACAGAACAGUUAGCCAGUGUAGGUUCUUCUUCCAUGUAGCUGAACCAAUGAGAGAGAUGAAUAAAGCUCGUGAGAGGACAUAGAAUCAAUGGCUUCAGGUGAGAGAAUCUCCCAUGUAGCAGUUCAUCGCAGCUGUCAAAUGAAAAAAAAACUCAGUUACACGAGUGAGGGAAAAAGUGUUUUGACAGGUGGUCUAGAUGCUUUGGAAUUUAUCGGCAAGAAAACCAUGAAUGUCCUGGCAGAAAGUGAUCCUGGAUUUAAGAGAACCAAAAUACUGAUGGAAAGAACAGUUUCCUUAUCUCAGCUGUUGCGAGAAGCGAAAGAGAAAGAGAAGCAGAGAUUGGCCCAGCAAGUUACAGUUGAAAGGACAGCGCAUUAUGGGCUGCUUUUUGAUGAGUUCCAGGGUUUGUCCCAUCUUGAAGCUCUGGAAAUUCUGUCAAAUGAAAGUGAAGCCAAGAUUCAGUCAUUUUUAACAUCACUUAAUGGAGAGCAGUUGGAAACUGUGAAAAAUGACUUAAUUGCUAUUAAAGAGAUCUUCAUUCCAAAGGAAUCAAAUAAUGAAGAGGAUCAAGAAAAAAAAGCAGACAUGGAAGAAGAGUUUGUUAGCAUGCUUACUGAGCUGCUGUUUGAAUUGCACGUUGCUGCCACUCCUGACAAACUUAAUAAGGCUAGGAAAAAAGCUCAUGACUGGCUAGAAGAAACCAACUUCUCCACAUCACUAGACUUGGAAGAGAAGCCAGAGGAAAACAAAGAGGAUGAACAAAAGACUGAACAAGGAGGAGGAGAUGGUGGUGAUAAAACAGAAGAAAAGAAAAACAAAACCGUGGAGGAAGUCUACAUGCUAUCUAUUGAAAGCCUUGCCGAGAUAACAGCUCGUUGUAUCGAACAGCUUCAUAAAGUAGCAGAGUUAAUUCUUCAUGGGCAAGAAGUGGAAAAGACAGCCCAGGACCAAGCAAAAGUUAUGACAAAUUUAACAAGUGCCAUGUGCAAUGAAGUGUUGUCUUUAUCUAAGAAGUUUUCUGAUUCUUUAACUGCCACCGGGAGCAACAAGAAGGCAGAGCUCCUUAACCCAAUGGUCAGUAGUGUGCUAUUAGAGGGCUGCAACAGCACUACCUAUAUUCAGGAUGCUUUCCAGCUAUUGCUUCCGGUUCUUCAGAUUUCACAUAUCCAGACCAAUUGUUUGAAAGCACAAGAGUGACAGUUUCCCAGCAGUUGUCAUCACUGUGUGUAAAAGAAACCGCAAACCUAAUCUCUUUAAUAUAUGCAAUUUGAAGAGAUGGCACAAAAGAUGUCUGGCCACAGAGGGGCCUUUUGAGGACACUAAAAGCUAUUUUGCACAGGCAGUACUGAAAAAUAUUUGAGAAAAAUCAAAUAGAAGUUCUUUAACUAGAUGUAGUUACUAGAAUAGGUAAUUUCUUUUCAAGUUAGUGAAUAUUCUUCACGUCAAUUUAAACUGAUGAAGUGUUUAUUGAAGUUAGUAUUGACUUCAGUAUGAAAGCAGGUAAUUAAUGUUGACACUUUCAGUUCUAAACAGCGAUGUCUGAAGGAAAUUUGAAAACAAUGUUUUUUAAACAUUUUGGUCCAGAUGCCCCAUUUUAAUUAUCAGUUUAAAAUGUUUACUUUUGAAAGUUAGUUUCUGUAUUUAACCUUCAUUAACUCUCAAGUUAACUUAAGCAAAUGAACUCUGUUUUGAGCAUUCCAAUAUUAUUUUUUCAGUGACAGUCUGAUAGUAACCCUUAGCACGCAUACAGUGCUUUGGUGUUCAAAGAGCUGUACAUUAAACAAAUUUCAGCUAAUAAAAAUUAGGAAAAAUACGCAUAUCAGACAUUGUAUUGAAGUGAAAUUGUCUGAGCCAGUUAGAGCACAGGCAAAACUGUACAUGUGCUGACCCAUAAUUGUAUACUUAUUGUAUUUAUGCCAGUCCCUUCACUCUGAUUGGCCGAAAGACAUUAUAGGCCAGAGUAGAGGGAUUUACUCUACUCAUUAGAGUAUGUAAUCAUACUCUACAACUACACAGUAAUUCAGCAAAUCCCUUCACUUUGGUUGGCAGUUGCCCUUGGAACUCCCAAUCUGUGUGCCCAUAACAAACGUAUUGCCUCAUCUUCUCUUCCUUCUCCCCAAUCUAUCAUUUCACCUAAAUCUGGAUUUUAAAUACAGUUUGUUUGUUUUUAAUAAAAGGGAUUACUGAUAGAGAGGGAUUGGAACUAAGUUUUCCAAUAAGGGUCAAAGAGGAGGAGAAGGAGUUAUGAGAAGAUUGAGUUGGGUGAGACAAGGUAGGGAGGUCACAAGUUGAAGCAUGUUGUGGGAACAUGGAAGAGGAAUUCUGUGCACAGAGCCAACCUGAGAGGGCGGAAAGCACAUUUCAGUAUAACAGUAAUUGAAGGGUUCUUGUGUUAAACUUGGUGAUAUGCAUAUCUUGGGCUUAAUAAAUUCACAGUCUUCAGCCUCAGAGUUUAUUUUGGCCAGGUUAAAAUUAUUACUUCAUGACAGUAGAAACCUUUAGUUAUUUAAGUAUCCAGUUCUCCUGAAUUGUCCAUGUUUAUUACAUUUUUGUAAGCUACACUGUAUUUUUUCAUAUUGAUAUAGUGAUUAGCUCUUUUAAAUAUUAUAAAAUUGUAGCUAACAUCUGAAUGUAUUUAACCGUUGAAGCAAUGUGUUCACACAUCAUAAACAUAAUCAGAAUAGAAUACUAGGAAAUGUUAUAAUUGUAUUUGUUAGAAAUGAGAAGCCAUUUAUCUGCCUAGGCAUGGUAACAGUAAGGAGCCUAAAUAAGAGAUGACAGAAAGCAGGUCUGUGUCUCUGCCUUACAUAAUGAGGUCCAUAUUCUGCUGUCACCUGUGUAGUGACUAUGUUUAAUAUUUCAUCAUUUAGAUGGGAGAUAUUCAUUAUGUACUUCUGUGGUAUGUUAUGCACAAUUUCUGUUCUGCCUGUGCAGCUGAACUUGGCAAGCUAAACCUGACAUUCAUUAUUACUUACACCAUCUUGAAAUAAUAGCCCAAUAUGAAAUAAAGAGGGGCACUUGGGAAAAUAUAGAAAAGAUACUGUAAACUGGUAGGCAAACUUACUGGCUGGGAAGGUAGACUAAAGCUCUCAACACUAGCCCGCUUUCCUCAAGGCUUGUUUUAUUUCCAAAUACUAGUCCCCAAACAAAAGCAAAUAAAUUUGAAAUAUUAGGUAUUAACCCUUUUUUCCCCAGCAUCAACCAGUUGGGCUGGGAAAGGACACCCUUCCCCUUUGAUAGCCCCACCUAGCUACUACAGAGAGACCCACACUAACUUCCUAGAACCUGGGUCUCUCCUUUUUGUUCCCCUGCCCCAGAGAGAAGAAGCUUUGUACUUUGUUUUCAUAUACCAGGUCACAUGUUUUCUCCUAGUCAUGUGCCCUGCACCUGCAGCUCCCAGUUUUAAAGGGCACAAAUCCACAACGGGUGCAUUGGGAUGUGUGCAUGCCUCCAAGGCCUAGUGCCCUACUAUGGAUACCUCGUUAUUUAAAGCAAUAUUUUUAUUUAAUCACAGUAUUGUCAAACUAGUAUAUCGUGCAUGAUUAAAAUCCUGUUUUCAUUUUAAAGGGAGAGUAUCACAAAAAGUCAAGUGCCUUUAUUUAUCAGUUAUUACGUUUUAGAUGUUAUUGACUUUAAAUUAGUCUGACCAUUAAUUAUAGUUGAGAAAAGCCUUUCAGUUCAAACCAGACUUAUCAGAAUUGUGCAUUAGGUAUGGGUAAGUGUGAUGUUGCUGCCAAAUGAAUCAUUUCUAAGGAAUAGUUAUGGCAGUUUCAUAUUACCCCUAUGCAGAGGUUACUCUUUUUGGAUUUAAAAUUGGGCAAGUGUCUCAGGUUUCCUCUGGCGUUCAGAGCAAGAUACAUAUAGUUGAACCUGACAAGGGAACACUGAAGGGGACAGCGAAAAUUGGUUGUCUAAUAAAAAUGUUCUUUUAACUAAAGAUUGAACAGAAUUGUAUGGGAAACCCUAGGGGAUACUGUAAGGAGCUGUUGAGGGAAAUUAUUUGAGACGGGAUUUCUUAUUUAAGGUGGUCUUUAGAACAGGUUUCACUGUACUACUUAAAUUAUGCAUGUAGUGUAUCAGUGCUUUGACCUUAAGUGAAAAGAAUUUUUUAAAAGAAAACAAUAUAUAUAAUUCCUUGUAAAAUCUGCACAAAGAAAAUCUCAAACUACUAAACCCUAAAUAUUUAAUUUUAAAAAAAAUCUUGUUUAUGAAAGUCACUUAUACUCAUGGACAAACCAGUUUUUCAUAUUGUAGAACAUGAUAUUUAGUUGUUGAGUAAUGAUUCACUUUUAUGAACACUUUUACUAUCCAGAGAUGAAGGCUUCAGAAUAAACUAGGCUUUUACACGCAUUGGAUUGAAAAAGUGUGUUGAGCUGGAAUGUCUGCACAUUUGCAAACCUGCAAAUAAUCCCAACUAUUUCAGGUGACUGAAUCUAGCUCAACUUUAGUUUGGUUUCAAACUAUUUUACAGGGCAUUAUUUGUAUGUCUGUAUCAACAGUAUUUGCAUUUUUUUUCCAAAAUGGAAAAAAGAAAGGUAUAAUUUAUUUAUUGCUGCUAUUUGCUGUUCAAUUAUAAAUGGCUUUUCUCAAUGACUGACUCCUACACUACAGCAUCCACUGCCUAACACCACUGAACAAAGGAACUGCACUUCCACUUUUUUGAAGUCCCUUAGAUUAUCCACUGAUUAUCUUUUUCUAAAUUGUAAAACAUACCUCUUUCUUUUUUACUUGUAAUAAAUUAUUGCAGCCAGCA